UCAAUCUCGACUAUGUUGUCAGAGCUUUCUACGUUUUAUUUCAGAUCGAAUUCCUUGGUUUUGUGAUUGAUUUCUUUUUCUUUUGGUUUCUUGAGAAAAAGAAACCCUGGAAUUUUGAUUCUUCUUGCAUACAUCGGAACCUUCCCUUCACCAAAAUAGUCGGAAACUUCAACUUCCUUGACUACCUCCGCUUCACAACCAUCACUGGCGUCUCCGUCACCGUCGGCUACCUCUCCAGGAUUAAGCCGGGGAUUAGGGGACCGUUGAUGGUGACCGGAGGUCUGAUUGGGCUGAUGGGAGGGUUCAUGUACGCGUACCAGAAUUUGGCGGGUCAAAUCAUGGGAUUCUUCCCCAAAGACGACGAGUAACAUUCAGCAAAAAAGGACACUCCAAAUCCAGCCGCACUCACCCAGCUGGCAACAGCUCCUCCGCAGCUCGCCACUCACCCAACAGUCCAGCCACCGUCCACCACCACCGCUCCACUGUAAGCACAGUCUCUCUCUCUCUCUCUCUCUCUCUCUCUCUCUCUCUCUCUCUGUUUACAGUACAGCCACAUCUUCCCAUCUGCCGCCCUCCAUCUACAAGGUGAAAUUCAUCUGGUCCACUGAAAUUAUUUGGAUUUUUUUUAUGAAUAAUGAACACUGUUGUUUCAUUUUGAGAGUGAUCUUUGAUUUUAAUUGUGAUGGGAUUUAGAAUUUGGGAUGAAUUUCGAUUUUGUGAUUAAUUUUGGCUUUGAUGCGUUCGUUUGUGCAAAUGCAACCCAUGUAGAUGAAUUUUUCUUAGAUAAAAUAUGUUUCAAUGAGAAUCAAAAUGGGGCGUACUAAUCUGGUUGUGGCAGCAGAGAUGGGCAUGUGCUCAUGCUCGUUAUAAAGGAUUUCAUUCUUGCGAUUAUGGUUUCACUGGUUCCAACCAUGUCAUUCUGAAUCUUUUCUUUCACAAAAAUGUCUUUAUGUACUCUUAUUUUACAAGCAAUGCUUAUUGGAAGAAUUGAAAUACAAGAGGGAAGAAUUGAAAUACAAGAAGCCAAGCUGCUGAUUUAAGUGAAGUGUCUCUUUUAUUUUUCAGUUAUGCAUUGAAUUCAUUUAUUAAGUAUGACCUUUACACACACAAAUUUAGAUGAUUUGUAUCCCAAAAGGGUACACCUUCUGUGAGAACAGCAACAUAUAUAAUUGUGUACUUCUUCUGUAGGUCUGCUGCAUAUUGCAAGAUCACAGUCUAUGAGAACAGGAUUUAUGUAACCUAGGAUGUAUUAUUCUUGCUGACAAAAUUGAGCUCAAGGAGUUAGGUUUGCAAUUGAACGAGUAGAUAGAAAUGGAUGACGGCAUUGCUGAAAACUCAUCUCCAACUCGACCUAAAUGGAGAAAAGUGGCAUAUGGAGGGAUGCAGCCUGGUUUUGAUGACAAUCACACUGAUGAAUCAUUCCUUGAAGAUAUAGUCAUGAAUGCCAAUGUUGUGAAACGGGAAAUGCUAAAAGUGAUGCAAGACUCGGUUUCCAUCUCUGAAUAUCUAUGCAUUGUUGCCCUUGUGGGCUUGGUUUGGACCUACACUCUAAGAUCAACUCUUGAUGAAACUUCCCUUUUGUAUCUUGAUGUCAGUCUUCUUGGAUCAGGUUUUCUACUUCUCCUUUUAACCGAAGAAAUGCUUUCACUCAAUCUUCUCUUGCAUUAUUUACUUAACGUUUUCUUUUUCACAACUGGAUUAUACGUUUUGGCUCCCAUCUACCAAACUCUAACAAGAUCCAUUAGCUCAGAUUCCAUCUGGGCAGUAACUGUUCCACUCCUCAUACUUCAUCUAUUCCUUCACGACUACUCAGGAUCAACUGUUAGGGCUCCUGGGGCUCUGAAUAAUCCAACAUUGACCAGUUGCAUUUCUUUAAAUGCCUCGAUAGUGGCCUCGGUUUUCAUUGCUUCUCGCCUUCCGUCAAGUAUACAUGUUUUUGCAAUCAUGCUAUUCUCCUUACAAGUAUUCCUUUUUGCUCCCCUGAUCACUUACUGUAUCAAAAAGUACUCCUUCCGCUUGCAUCUUUGCUUUGCUUUCAGUUUGAUGGUCGUGACCUUGGCUUUUGUUUAUACACUCCACCGGCUACUUUUUGUGCUACUGUUGGGUUUAUUGGUUUUUGUGACUGUGGUAUGUCCUUAUUGGCUUAUACGACUUCAAGAAUACAAGUUUGAGAUCAAUGGCCCUUGGGAUGAGGCUAAGCUUUGUUUUGCCGUGACAGAUUAAGAUCACCAGUGUCAACCUUUGUAUGUCUGAUGGGACUUUUUGGAGGUUGGUUAAUUCGAAAUUGGAUUGUUUGUAUAAUUUCUCUUGUUUCUUCUCUCCAGUUAAAGAUCUUAUUCCACCUAUUACAC